ACAACAACCAGCGCGUUCGACUACCCAGCGCGUUCAACAACGAGACCAUGGGACCCAAAGGAACUCCAGUCGCGGGCGGUUCAGCCGAAGGCAAAGCAGCCACAGCAGUUGCUGAAUCUGCACCGCAGAAUGUCGCGCUCUACCCUCUCACCCUUUUCGACAAAAUGGCGGAAAGCUCGGCGUUGGGCAAGUCGUGGGUUGUGGAGGGGCUGUUGGAUGUUGAGAAGUUGAGAUGUGCCUUGGAUCGGAUUGUAGCCAAGUGGCCUAUGUUGGCUGCUAGAGUCGAGGUAUUGGUUCCUAGAAAGAGGUUCCAACUUCGUAUUCCAUUGGGUGAACUCCCAGCUGGAUACAAGGCUUAUGGCCUAACAUCGACGACGUCGGACGUGCCACUCUCGCAUUACACCAAAAUCCCGCUUCCGGCUUUCAGCGAGUACCUCCCCGAGCACCUCUUCAUCGCGCCCGAAAGGAUGCCGCUGGGCGACCUGCAGUCCUUCUCGGACGCGGACGCCCCUCUUACGCACUGGCACAUCACCCACUUCAAGCAGGAAGGCGCAGAGUAUUCAUGUAUCGGUGUGCACUACAGCCAUGGGGUGUUUGAUGGACUUGGGUUUGCGAUUCUUACCAAGGCGCUGCAGGCGGAGUUGUUGGGGAGGGAGUGGGAGGCGCCGCCGCUGCCUAAGCCUGGCAAGAACGAGAACCCGGUUGAGAAAGUGGUUGAGGAGGCGGCGAGGGAGGCCAAGGCCAAGUCUGGUGGGAAGUUGCCAGAGUGGAAUAAUUUUGCGUGUGUGGGUGCGUGGGGCAUUAUUUGCUUCCUGUGUUUCCAUCUCUGGCAGAAGUGGAGGUAUGGGAUUGGGGAUUAUAAGAUUAUUCUGCCCUAUAAAGUGCAUACGGGCUUGGUUGAGAAGACGAGGAAGGAGUUGGAGGAGUCUGGUGUUAAGGAUGUUCGGUUGACGAGUGGGGAUGUUAUUUCUGCAUGGGUGAUCAAGUCCCUCCUUGGAUUCGGAAGUUCCCCCCGCCGAACCCUAGGCCUGAACAACAUCGCUUCUUUCCGCUCAGAAUGGAGCGACGAGCUCGCUCUGUACCCCCACAACGCGUACACCGGAAUCCCCCUCCCCAUGCUCACCUUUGGUGACGUCGCCAAACUCCCGAUCCACGAACUAGCCCUGAUAUUCGCCAAGAGCCGCGCAGGCUCGAGGGUCCCCGACGCCGUAGCCCUCUGGAACCUCCUUGACACGGCCGACAAGAAGAAAGUGGGCGCCGUCAUCCCCGAGCACUCGAUCGCCCAAGAGUCAUUAUCCGUUUCGAACGUCUCUAUUGCCCGGUUUACUGAUAUGGAUUGGAGUGGAGCUGGAGGCGGAAGGGUUGUUGGGUAUUAUAGGAUGUGGCCGAAUGCGCAGCUCAAGUUGGUGAAUAUGGUUGGGAUUGCUGGGCGCUUGACGGAUGGGGAUCUUGUUAUUACUGUUGUAGCGAAUAGGAGGAGGGGGGAGAGGUUGAGGACUGAGGUGGAAAAGUUGAUUGAGAGGUUCCAGGGUUGA